CGCUCCUCCCCACGUGUCAGUGUGGAGCAGAGUCAACAUGGUAAGCUACCGACACCGACAGACUUCAGCAGACCGAGUUAGUUAGACACUACUCCUACAUCUCUACGCACCACAUUUCUGGACUGUUUAGACACGGAUGAGGUAGCUACAGCGGUACCGUCAAGUGUGCAGGUUGGAUCUCUGAGAUCUGCUGCUCCUGUUUCAUCUCCUCUCCUUGCUCAGUUCACAUCAAUAUGGCGAGCGGGGAUGAUGAUGACCCCAUUAUAGAGGAGAUUGAUGUGUAUCUUGCCAAAAGCCUUGCAGAUAAGCUAUAUCUUUUCCAGUACCCUGUCCGACCAUCCACUAUGACCUACGAUGAUGUCAACCACUUAUCUGCGAAGAUCAAACCCAAGCAGCAAAGGGUGGAGUUGGAAAUGGCAAUCGACGCAAUGAGUCCAAACUACUGUCGUAGCAAAGGAGAGCAGAUAGCUCUGAAUGUGGACGGCACGACGUACGACGAAACCAACACCUAUUCAGCGAAAAUGAUGGAUAAACAGACCUUCUGCUCCAUCCAGGCCACCACCAACACCUCCAGAUAUGCUGCUGCUGUGUUUCGCAAAGGUGAGCUUCACGUCACACCUCUGACGGGAAUCCUCCAGAUGAGACCGAGCUUCUCGUACCUGGACAAGGCUGACACCAAAACCAGAGAGAGGGAGGCCGCCAAUGAAGGUGGAGAUUCCUCCCAGGAUGAGGCUGAGGAGGACGCCAAGGCCAUUACGGUGAGGUUUGCUCGUCCCGAGUCAGAGCAGGCUCGGCAGAGAAGGAUCCAGUCGUAUGAGUUCCUCCAGAAGAAGCAGGCGGAGGAACCCUGGGUUCACCUACACUACCACGGUGUCAAGGAUGGGCGUUCAGAGCAUGAAAGGCAGUACAUGUUCUGCCAGUCAGUGGACGCCUCAGAGAACUCUGAACUGGUCAAAACUCCUAAAGAGUACCUGGCAAUGCUGAUGCCCCCUCUUGCAGAGGAAAAAGUUGUGAAGCCAGUUGGUCCCAGUAAUGUGCUCUCCAUGGCUCAACUCCGCACUCUGCCACUGGGAGAGCAAGUCAAGACCCUGAUGAAGAAUGUCAAGGUGAUGCCGUUUGCUAACCUGAUGGGCCUGCUCGCCUCUGGCACAGACUCAACCGCAACGCUGCGAUGCAUCCAACAGGUGGCGCUGCUGGUCCAGGGCAACUGGGUUGUCAAGAGUGAUGUUUUGUAUCCUAAAAACACCUGCAGUCCUCACAGUGGUGUCCCUGCUGAAGUGCUCUGUCGUGGUCGGGACUUUGUGAUGUGGAGGUUCACUCUGGAGCGCUCUGUGAUGAGAAAGGAGAUUGCAUCCAUCAUCAAACUUCCUCCAGAGGAUGUGAAGGAGUUCCUGGAGCAUGUGGCAGUUCCUCGAGUCAACCGGGGCUGGGAGUUCCUGUUGCCUACUGACGGAGACUUCAUUAAGAAACACCCAGAUGUUGCCCACAGGCAACAUAUGCUGUGGCUUGGCAUCCAGAGCAAGUUGGAAAAGGUCUUUAAUUUCUCGAAAGAAGACUUCAUGCCAAAGAAUUCCCCUCAGCCUGAGCCUGUCCAUGUCAGCGGGGAGCAGCGUCUGAAGAUGGCUCAGGAGCGUGCUCAGGGAAACCAGUCGUCCCUACAGAAGGACCUGAACGCUAGACGGGCAGGAAGCAGCGUCCACGUCAAACAGGAACCCCUCAGUGACCGUGAAGACGAACCAAUGGACACCUCCUCCUCCUCCUCCAUACCCAACGGUUCUGUCAAUGGUUACCCCAGUGCCACCUCACCUGCCUUAGAUCACACUAACGGUAACGGAGGGAGCCCCGCCAACACAGCGUCCCUGGAGCUGCAGGACUUUGUGAUAAAGACUUUCAAGAAGCAUUUUGUACUGACGCUGAAUGAGUUCAAGAGGCUGUUUAACCUCCACCUGGCCUCCAUGCCAGUGGGACGGAGCGUCUUCCCCUCCAUCUCAGACCACAUGCUACAGGAUGCCAUACUGCUCUGCCAGUGCAAACAGAUAAUGGUGCCUUUUCCUGCUCAGACCACAGCAGCCCCUGAUGAACAGAAGGUGUUUGGUUUGUGGGAGACUGGAGAGGAAUUCGACAAGCAACGUCGGCUGCUAUAUGACCUCUUCACCAAGAACUACAAGGUCAGGAGGAACGCGAUACAAACCAGACUGGCCCAGGAGUUUGGAGACGCCCCUAAGGCGGACGUCGACCGGCUGCUCCAUGAGUGCUGCAUUAGCCACGCAGGGAUGUGGUACCUCAAGGGAACAAUACCGUCCUGACCUUGAGAGCCUGCUCCCCUGCGGUCACCGUCAGCCAAUCAAAUCCUCUCCCGGGUGUCCAGUGGGAGGGCAGCCAGAGAGAUGAGAGCCAAUCACAAUCACAGCUCGCCAAGCUCUAAGAGUGGGCGAUUGGAGGACAAUAGAUGUCAGCCGUCGGCUCAGAACAAGAAGCUUUUCUCGUUUUCAACCGAAGCAUUUCUGGCAUAGACAGGAGCACUCUGAUGCAGCGCGGAGGAUAGAAACUCCUCACAUACCCACACUGAGAGCUGGAGUGUCUGAGGAGGAGUAUAUCAAUAUAAAAGAAUGAAGAAACAGCGAAAUAUAUACGGUUUUUGGACCUCAUGUUUGGUUAUUUUUGAAUUAAACUUUUACCAGAUCAGGAUGGUGUUUACUAUUGAAAGCAAACGUGGCUCAAAGUGCUUUCAUUUUUACUCCUGAUUUGUACAUUUUGCCAGGGAAAACAAUUGACUUUAUCCUACCAUCAACAAAGCAAACCUAGUUUAGAAAAUCUGAUUUGUUUGUCAUCCAUUAAUUUAACACAUUUUCUCUUUACCUGACUUAAAAAAUAUCAACUGAGUCGAGUAUUUAUUCCACCUUCAGUAAACGGAUGAAAGGGCUGAGCUUUAAGGUCAGAUGAUACAGUUGCUUAAUUAAAACGUGUUGCGACACUUGAAGAAACGUUGCCAAAUUCAUGAGUCAGCAAACCUGAAACAAAAAGAAGAAGAAAAAAAUUUAAAAAGUCCCUGAGGUCAUUUUGCUCAUGUACAACUGAAAUCACUUCAUAUUUUUGGCAAUCAUAGACCUGGAAACUGCUACAUCUAAUGUGGCUUUUCCCACAUUUGGAAAGUUUACUAAAAUAUAAAGUUUGAGGAAAAAGUGGAUUAAAUGGCUGAUGUUGAGGUAUUAUUCUUUUUUUUUUUUUUUUGGUUGAAUGUACAGUUUCAAAUAGUUUUUCUUUCAUGAGAGACAGAUUUUGAUGAUAGCCAAUAAAGAUGCAAUUUCGAAUAAGAUUAUUGUUGUCAUAUUUUGAUCAAAAAUCUGUUAGGACUUUAAUCCAUUUGUACAAACAAAGUGGAACGGAUGUGUUGAUGGACCGGAUUGUCGGUCUGGUAUAAACGCUGGACUACCAUCUAUGGGAGUGAUGGGGGAGUUGUUGCUAUGGAUACGCUGGUGUAUCACCAUGUGCUGCUAUCUUGAGCCUCCAUAUAAAAAGUGCCUCACAAGACAAAGUCCCUCCCAUUCAUACACACAACAGGAACAUUAAUGCUUUGAUCCUCAUUGAAAUACUUCUAAACCUUCAAGAGUGGAAAUGUAGUAGUACAUCGUCAAUGGCUGCUGUAUUUCUUUUUCAUUGGCUUGUUACAGUGCUCAAUAAACAUUGUCACCUGUCUGA